GCUUCCUAAAUGCUAGGGUGAAAGGUGUGCGCCACAACUGCCUAGGUUUUAACUUUAAAAAAAAAAACUUUUCCCAUACUUAAAUUAUUGGCUAGUUUUCUGUCUCUGAGUUAGGCUUAUUUUCUGUCUUUUUUGUUUUAGUCAACCCCCCCCCCCCCGUUUGGGUGGCAGUAUGCUGUUCUUCCUUUCCCCAUCAUCCUGUUCUCAUGAAGUUGCCCUGCUUUCUGCUGUUCAUGUUCAAGUUAUCCAUUAAGCACCUUUCCCCUUUUAUCCCCAUCUUCAAAAGCUGCUUUGCAACGGUCGUGACUAAAGUUGCUUGCUCACUGAGUAUGGGAUUAUGUGAAGCAACCAGUGGGUGAGAAAAAUGUGAUGAGGGCAUUGGAUCCUGUGAAGAAUGUUCGUUUGUACUUGUUUGCAGCUCAUUGUGACAAAGCCUUUUCUCCUAAGGUCAGUUCUAGGGAGUUUAAACUUAACAGCUCUGGCUAUUGGCACCCAAUAAAACCAAACCAAACCAAACUUUUGCCGUUCCUGUUUUUUGCUUUUGUUUUUGUUGCCUUUUUUUUUUUCCCCUUUUGGGGGCGAGGUUGGGGUGGGGGUCAACUUUUAUGUUUACACAACAUUUUGGGUGGUGGGAGGCUAGAGGGAUCAUUAAUCCCAGUGCCUCCUAGGUUUCUGGCCGGCUCAUUUCUGGGCCAUUACACCGUAAUUGAAGCUGGAUCUACGGACUGUUUUAGAGUUUUUCAACUACCUAGUUUUAAUUCCUGGGUAGCUAUGGGACUUAGGAGGGCCGAAGUGGAAAUUGCCCAAGGCUGAGGUUGAUUUUUAAGUAGGGGCGGGUGCUCUGCUAUUUAUUGCGUGUGGUCUGUGUAGGCUGGACGGAGGUCUGUGUAAACUGCGGGUUGUAGUGGCGUUCAAUUGGAGGGUGCGAAAUCUUGGAAUAGAGGACUGAAUACAGUCAGAGCGUGCACGUGGAAGUGGUGGAAUGUGAAAGCUUAACCAAGUUAAGGGCCAUGAAGCCACUGACUGCCACACUGAAACUAUCGCUUAGUCUGCCUAAUGGCGGGCCGCACUUCGAAGAAACCCACGUUUGUGGCUCCUCCCUCACAUGAACCUCCUGCCCAAUCAGUGGCUUCGCUUUCACUAGGCUGGGUACUCAUUGGCUUUCGUAUAAAAGCUCCGGAUUACUGACGUUUCCACCUCUUCCUGGCCUCUCAGGUAAUUGGCGUUCGCGGUAACCAAUCAGGAAGAGGAUCUCCGGGAACGCCAGCCUUUUACUUUACCGAACAUCCAAUCCGGUGGUAGGUUCACUCCCCCUUUCUACCCAGAGUCACUGCUGUGGCCGCCGCCAUUUUAGUAUUUUGUCAGAACGGUCUGCGCUGCGAGGAGGAGGAGGAUCUGCAGGUUUCCAUGUGGUGAGAGACUCCAAAUCCUUCUGUGUUCUUUAUUAAAACUUCCCUGAUUCCCUUGGACGUCAGGGCUGUCCUAGUGGGGUCGCGGCCUGCGUAGCCGUCACUGAGAGCCGACCUCGGUCCUCGACUUUGUGCGGCUGUGUGGAAAUGGUGAAGCUGUUCAUUGGAAAUCUGCCCCGGGAGGCCACAGAGCAAGAGAUCCGCUCACUCUUCCAGCAGUACGGGAAGGUGCUGGAAUGUGACAUCAUUAAGAACUAUGGCUUUGUGCACAUAGAGGACAAGACGGCCGCUGAGGAUGCCAUACGCAACCUACACCGCUACAAACUGCACGGAGUGAACAUCAAUGUGGAAGCCAGCAAGAAUAAGAGCAAAGCUUCAACCAAGUUACAUGUGGGCAACAUCAGUCCCACUUGUACCAACCAAGAGCUUCGGGCCAAGUUUGAGGAGUAUGGCCCAGUCAUUGAAUGUGACAUCGUGAAAGAUUAUGCCUUUGUACACAUGGAGCGGGCAGAGGAUGCAGUGGAGGCCAUCAGAGGCCUUGACAACACAGAGUUUCAAGGCAAACGAAUGCACGUGCAGUUGUCCACCAGCCGACUUAGGACUGCGCCCGGGAUGGGAGACCAGAGCGGCUGCUAUCGGUGCGGGAAAGAGGGGCACUGGUCCAAAGAGUGUCCAAUAGAUCGUUCGGGCCGCGUGGCAGACUUGACUGAGCAAUAUAAUGAGCAAUAUGGAGCAGUGCGUACGCCUUACACCAUGAGUUAUGGGGAUUCAUUGUAUUACAACAACACGUACGGAGCGCUCGAUGCCUACUACAAGCGCUGCCGUGCUGCCCGCUCCUAUGAGGCAGUGGCAGCUGCAGCUGCCUCUGCAUAUAACUAUGCAGAGCAGACUCUGUCCCAGCUGCCACAAGUCCAGAACACAGCCAUGGCCAGUCACCUCACCUCCACCUCUCUCGAUCCCUACAAUAGACAUCUGUUGCCACCUUCAGGAGCUGCUGCUGCAGCAGCUGCUGCUGCUGCUUGUACUGCAGCUUCUACUUCAUAUUACGGGCGGGAUCGGAGCCCCCUGCGUUGCGCUACAGGCCCAGUCCCCACUGUUGGAGAGGGCUACGGUUACGGGCAUGACAGUGAGUUAUCCCAAGCUUCAGCAGCCAUGCGGAAUUCCCUGUACGACAUGGCCCGGUAUGAGCGGGAGCAGUAUGCGGAUCGGGCGCGGUACUCAGCCUUUUAAAGUUUGAGGUGGGAUGUGUGUGGGCUGAAAUUCCGAGCUGCGGUUGUGCAUGAGAAUACACCCUUCGUGGUACCCCAUCUCCGGGACGUUCUCGGCUCUGUGCAUUCAGUCCCUCAGGAACCAUGGACCUUAAUUUACCUUGUUAAGUUCAGACUUUCUUUUCCUUUUCUCUCUCCUGCUCAAUUUCCUGUUCUUCUGUUUAUUCUUCUGUAGCUUCCCAUUCAUGUUCUGUUUUCCCAGCAUGCCUCCUGUGCAGGAACUGGUAGGGGUUGUGCUGUCUCUUCCCUGCCUCCUGACCUUGCUGAGAAUCACUGCUCCUCCAGGUUUUCUUUUUUGGCCCAAAGGCUAGUCCUAGAGAUUUGGAUCACUUUCCAGUGAAAUAAAUGGUUUCUCAAAUUA